CGCGUGCCGAAAUUUCAGGUUGACGCGCUCGCAGGAAAAUGGCGGCGCGAUAACCUGUGUUUUGAAACGUUUCGUUGAACGCAAUCGCGGCCUGAGCGCACGUUGACAAUGGAUAUCUCCAGCAUGCUCGAGGUGCAGGUGAACGAGGUGAAGGAGGUGGACAGCAAAGAAAACGUGACUCCCAAAGAUCUGCUUCCGAGCACCGCACAUGCCUCGUUACCGAUUUCCAAAGAGGAAAGCAAUUAUUAUAAACUCGUAUUCGGCAACGAUGUUUCUGCAGUACGGUUUCAAAAACUACAUUGCACAGCAUGUGACGCACACAUCGGAUCAGCUCCAGCGGAUUCUAGUAACAUGUUCGAGCAUCCUGUACUUCGUACAUUGCUGUGUUCCAAGUGUCGCGACUUUUACGGAGACGGCACCUUCGAGCAAGGUGACGACGCCACGGACAUGUUCUGCAGAUGGUGCGCGAACGGCGGCAAUUUGUACUGCUGUUCCUUUUGCAGCAACACCUUCUGCUGCAAAUGUAUCAAGAGAAACUUUGAUCCAAUCCUGAGGAAAAAGAUCGAAGCGGACGAAAAGUGGAAAUGUUUCGUUUGCGAUCCCACGGAUUUGUAUCCCGCGAGAGCGACUUGCUGGGCUCUGCUGGAGUUCGUUCAGAAAAUGAACAGACUGUUCAAGCAGAACAACAAGAUGACCCAGCAAGAGAUAGACGAGAAGUUGUCUCUAGACGAAACGAAUUGUUGCCCGCGAAGAAGGAAACGGAAGCGUCGAAGAACAGGUUCGAAUUCAGAGGAAGACGACGAAACCUACAUACCCAAGCAAGUGACGGCGCCUAUCGUGACGAAGCGUAGAAGAAGAGGUCGCGGCAGAGGACGCUAUUCGAACGGAACCAACGUAUCCGUGUCUGGUAAAUCCUACGCGACAUCAGAAGACGGUUCCGUCGACCCCGAACUACCGCCGUCCCUUCUCUCCUGCGAGCAGACAAUGGUCGAAUGCGAAAACGUCGUCACGGUCAAUACAGACGGUACGAUCGUCUCUCAGCCUCUCCCGACGAACUCCUUGCCUCCCAGAAUAGAAACUGCCAACGUCGUUCAACAACCCAUGUACAACACGUUCAUGAACGUGGUCGCUUCGAACUUCCUCCAACCAGCGUCGCCGGUGAUACCCAUACGCCACGUGUCCAGUCCCAUAAAUCAAGUGGCCUCGAUGAACCUAUACCAGGCGAUGCAGUGCACGUCGACGCCCAUGGUAACCAUACCCAACCAAAGCGCCGACAUGAUGAACCGGUUGCGUUUUCCACUGCCAGAACCCAAAGUACCGCGGCCCGUAGGGAGCAGUCCUCACGUCAUAGAGCUCGACAGCGACUCAGAGGACAUAGCGGUGAUAGGUCCGUCCCGGAAUUCGCGUUCCUUCAAGGACCACGUCGACAACAACAAAGCGGUACCUGUCGCGCUGGUCAGCUCCAAGACCAGCAGCUCCAAGAGGCAAGAGCUGCUAGCGGAGAGGCGCAGCGUAAAGACGCUCAAUCAAAGGUUGCUUCCUCACGGUCACGAGGUCGACAAUAUAUUGACGAAUCUCAAGACCAAGCUACGAGGACUGUUCGAGUCGUCCAAGCAAGAAGAGUUGAAGAAGUACGAGCUGAACGACGCCCGCGUCAUGAUCAAGCAGUUCCACCGCGAGAUACGCGACACGGUCAGCCAACUGGCGUGUAUCAACGAUAGAAUAGUGCGCGAGUACAACAGGUGGAAGAGGUACCAACUGAAGACGGGAGCCGCCCAGUCGUCGGAUCCUAGUAAUACUCAGAACCAGACCAAGAAGGAAGAGUUACCCCUGGACAUGGUCUGCGUCAACGACUCCGAUCCGGAGACCGAGAACAACGGCGAAGCCGAUGCUAAUAUUUUGAGCCCGUCGGAGUUCGUAGGCAUUACGAACGCAGUCGAAGGUAUAAAGUCCUUCAAGAAGAGGAACACCGUGUCUCGAGCAGUGGGCGACGACCCCGCGCAACUGGUGGACAAGUCCGUGCAGAUAUACGACGUCGAAAUGCAAGACUACGAGAAAUCCAUAAGGCAUUCGACGAUCCAGAACGCUUCGGCAACCGGUGAUAAAUACGAGGAACAGUUUAUUUGUUACCUGGAGAAGCGCGACCCUGAGAACAUCGAGCUGGAGGAGCCCAAGGACCUACCGGACCCUAACGAGACGCCAUUGAAGGAUUUGAUAGAGGCCAAUUCGCCGUUUAUUUCAGAGAUGUUGAAUUCGGUUGUUAAAGAAACCGAGGAUGACUUUGCGAAAAUGGUUAACGAUAUGACUAACAAUUUAGAUAAGAAGAAAAGUUUAAAAGCCACGCCUGUAUGUGUUAGUGACUCGGAGAAGGAAAGUAAAUCUAAAGACGCAUGUUUUUCUACUAGUGAUAACGUUGGUGCCAAGGUACCGAAGGAGGAGAACAGGGAGGACUCGAGCAGGACUAACUGCAACGCGAUUAACUCCGAAAGCAACAACGACGAGGAAUGUACUAUCAUCGAUUAAGCGAUUAGUUAAUCGGGAAAUAAUUCGUUUCUUACAUGUAAAUUUUCUAAAAAUCUCGUUGCGAUAUCUUCCAACUCUUCGAGCCGUCUUCGAGCUAAGAAUGUACCUUAUUACUUUCCUACAUGAAAUUCAUUCACCCUAAGAAAUUACAAUUGAUGGCUUAAGUAUUAUUUUUCGAGAUUACCAAAUAAUUUGCAAGAAAAGACGGCUCGGGAGUUGGAAACUGUUAAACCAUAUUGCACCGUGGCUUUAUCUGUGUACUUUCUGAAAAGAAUCACGGGUAUACUACUCGGAUCUAGCAAAAUAACUGGUCGUACGACGAAACAUUUACAAUCGACCACCGGACACCGCACGUUUCGCAAAUAUUGAAACGUAUUUGUUAAUUACCUAAGUAAUACUUAUCGGAAAUAAAUAUAUAAUGAUAUACGA